UGUGUUAGUGCAGGAACGAUAGAUAGUUCAUUUCACCAUGAAGGGAGCGGUGCGAGAGAGACAACUGUCAGUUUAUCAAACCUUUUAUUAUUGAAUCAUGGGCGCGCAAUUCGCACUAUUCUCAUUUACGUUUUUAAAUAAUUUUAACAACUCGUAAAAUGUUUGCUGUAGAUAAAAAUUGUGAGUUGUCGAGUAUUCUGCGCAUAGACAGAAAGGGAAAAUCUGUGGAGUCUUUAAUUGGUGAAUUCGGCGAAAAGAAGAAUCACCUGGAAUUGCAAAGAUUGGUAGAGGAAACUAACACAACGGCGUUGGUUGAUAUCUUAAAGUCGAAAUUUGGUCGGAAUGAUUGUAUAUCCUUUUGGAGUUAUCUUCUUGAAGGGCUUAGUUUUGGAUAUACUAGCCCAGAUGUCCUUCAAAAGCGCUUUGCUUGUGUUAAAUGUAUGUUAGAUACAUUACAAACGGUAGAGUUGAGCUACAAACAAACUUAUGAUGUGGUAAUUAGAUUGUGCCAUCACCUAUCCACGUUUCCAUCAAAACAAUUGAUUGAAAUUCUGGAAAUAUGUAUCGAUGGUGUACGGAUGGGAGAUCGUAAAUAUAUAUGCUGGAAAGAUUUACUACCGGAUGUUCUGAAUCUUUUGGCCCAACAUCCGCAGAUAUUUGUAAAUGGUAUACCAAUGAGAGGAAGUGAAUACCGUGCAAACAUAAUAAGUAGCUUGACAUCUUUGCGGUGGCCGAUAGAGAUUCUAACGCCGCUUGCAGAUUUGUUUAAGGGACUAGGAUUAAAAAGUGCUGAAAAGAUUGCAGUACUAAAUAAGUUUGGUGUAAUGCUACAAACUUUGUCUCCUACCGAGCUGCCCGCGUUGGCUUUUCAGUUAUUUUCUAUGUGCUCAACAUGUUCAGAAAUUAUGAUAUUACUUCUCGCUUUCGAAAAAUAUUUUCACCGUUUUUAUUAUAAGAAAUUGUUUGCUGAUAUGCAAAGCAAUUCAACCGACUUUGAUAGCAUAGAUGCCUAUUCCGACAAGGAACUGCGAGAAGCUGAGGAGACCAUUUUACAUCAUUUGAAUUAUUGCACACAGUUUAAAAUAGGCGAAAUACAAAUGGCUGCUGUUCUGCGAAAUUUGAACUCGAUGCCCGAUAUAAUUUUGACUCCAUUUAUGCUAAGCGCCAUAAUAUCAUUGACUUCUGCUAACCGUGAACCCGAAUCUCAUCGUCUGACAACGUCCGUUCUUCUGCACUACCUUCGCAAUGUCAUACACAAUAAUGAGCAUGAGCAAAAGAUGGCAGAAUACUCGGUGUGGUGUCGAGACACUUUACAACGCAAGCAAGUUCAACUUGAUUAUGUUUUUACAGUACUCAUAGAUCAGAAUAAGCAUGGACAAGAUGUGAUAACACCAGGUCUGGUUAGUUUGGCGUUUACUUUAUUGAAAGCAAAGGGUAAUGCACCAUUGAACUCACUUGCUAUGAGCUUUCUCACGAAAUUCAUUCGCAAACGUUUUGUAUUCGGACAAGGUAUUGUGAAAAAGUUAGCUGAAUGGAUGGUAGUAGAACAAGAUCAAUAUCAAUUUGGAGAGUGUUUAAUGAUGUUGAGCGUCGCUGAUACUUUUACCCUUUCCGAGUGUGUAAAGACGAUAAAGUAUGUAAUGGAGUUAUUUUUGUGGUUACCUAGCGAACAAUCAAUGCGUAUGAUGUCUUUUAUACUACCAAUUCUAAAACUUUCCGCAAUUGUUCGUGACUCAUUCAUUGAAGUGUUGAGUAAGGCGAUUAACUCGGGUGACCAAAGUAUCCGAUCAAUGGCUGUUUAUGGUUUUUGUAUGAUACUUAAGCAAUUGAACAACAGUAACUCCCAGCGAUCCCAACCUAGAGCUUCAAGUUUUUGUACACAACUUAGUAUUUCCGGAUUCUCUUUGAUGUCUCAGGCGACUUUGGGAAAUCGUCAAAAUCCCAAUCGUCAUUUUGAUUUGCUAACAUUGGAGAUUAUUGGUCUGCUGCGAAGUUGUUUCGCUAACAAUUUACCGAUGAAACGAGUGCUGUAUGAUAACUUACAGCGCGCAGUAGAAUUGAAUCCGAAGCUUGUGCCGCACGUGCUUCAAUUUAUUGAUUGGCAUUUUCGAUCUUUUUUUCGCGUUUCCACAGUGAACGGUGAAGUUGAGGAUUUCUGUGUGUUGUUUGAGAAAGUAGUAUGCUGUGCCACAGAAAAUGCCUAUGAAAUACAGAUACAAGAUAAUCUUGGACUUCUGAUACAGUUUAUUAGCCAUUGUUUGUCUCAAUUUCAGCAAUUCGAUGUUGAAUAUGAUGUAGGGGAAAUGCAAAGAUUAUUACAUUUGGCUGUGAAGAAGGUCAUAAAUAAAGACCUCCAAUUCGAAGAAAAGAAUGACAACUGGAAUCCAUUAAAAAUCGCCUUGCUGGAGCAACAAAUGAACUUUUUGGAGGGUUUAAUGUCAUAUUCAUUGCUUACAUCACAACAAAAUAAUGACAACGUGAAAGAUAUUUUACCUUUAUUUAAAGCUCACUGCAAGCUCAGCGAGGUCCACAAGUCAUAUGCAAGUUUCUCCAGAAAACAGUUACAAAAUAAGAAUAGGAAUGAUAAAGAGAAUGGAGCUACGUUGAAAAACAUAACUGUUAAUGGGGUGGUUGUAAAGAAUUUCAGUAAAAAUAACGUGGAAAAUAUAUGGGACUUGUCCGUCGUGGAUAAAUUGCUACGCGUUUUACAUGAAGACAUCGUGCCAUUUGCCUCUAAUCGGAACACUGUAGCCCUGCGCUCAAGUGUGGAACUGGUCCGUUAUGUGUCAGAAGUAGUGUCGCAAAAAGUGGGAGCUCUGCGUAAUGAACCUGAAUAUAAACAAUUGGCUCAUAGUAGGCGCACGUUAAAGUGUCUUACAGAUAUAACAAAAGUGGUGUAUGAGCGCUGCAUACUUCGCUUACUAGAGUUGUGGGCUAACUUUGAUGAGUAUUCGGCUGCUUUAGGUGCUGAGUGCUUUCAGCAAUGUCUGCAAACUGCAAACACAAUUUAUAAGAAAAAAUUUGUUGAUGUAUUCCUGAAGGGAUUCGAUUUCCAUACUAUUAAUCAUUGUAAGCAAUCCCUCGAAAUUUUGCAUGACGUAAUUGACAAAUUAAUGGAGGACGAACAGCGCAAUGAUCUAUCUAAUUCGCGCAGCGCCACGAAUGAUUAUGAAAAUGCUUACCGUCAGCGAACUUUGUACGCUUUAAUGAAGUGCCUGGAGGUGCUCUAUGAUAAUCUUUCAUUUGAAGAUCGAUUAACUACAGAGUCUUAUUCGUGGCUGCUUAACUUCUGCAAGCGCUAUGAGGUGAAGUCUAAAAAUUUGAGCUUAGUGCACAAGCUUCUAUUCACACAGCGCCAAAAAACACAUUCUGGCGCAUUCUUCAACACGAUAUCAUUACAAUUGUGCGGCAUUUGGGGUGCCGUGACUGACGAAUUAUACGAGAGUGAGUGCCCACCUGCAUUCACCCUGAAGUCCUUAACGAUGGAAAGUGCUGAGUCAUAUUUCACGUAUCUAUGCCAGGCUUUGCGCAAGCAAUUAGAUGACGCAGACUAUUUCAUUCAAAAAGCAAACAACUUAAACUUCAGAUAUCGUCUUAUAACCGAAGACGAGCGAGACAUGUGCCUUAGUCAGCUGCGUUCUAUGGAGCGUUCUAUUUGUUCGCAGCUAGUUCAUAUCUCAAAUGCCUUGAUAAACUUGGCGAACGCUUGCAUUCCUUUGGGUACACUCAUGGACCAACUUUUGAAACUUCUUGUACAACACUACAUGUGUCUAAAAAAUCUGACUAAACACUUUUUGGGAUGCGUUGGAACAUCACAAGUUUGCAUGAAAACCACAAGGUUCGAAUUUCUCUUGCGUGCCGUUGGAAAAUCGCUUCCUACAAACAUUUAUGCGCUCGUCUCUUACAUCGAAGCGAAUGUAAUAGAUAAAGAACAGCCACAGGGUAAACACUCAAAUCCCAAAGCGGAGAGUUCCAAAAUUUUACGAGAAACAAAACUAAUUCCUAAAGUGGUACUACAUCUAGAGACUUUCAAUCGUUUUGUAAUAGUUUUAUCAAAAAAAACUAAUAGCCGCAUAGCAAAUUUUCUGCAUCAAGGAACUGUACAUGAUUUCCGUUUCCAUUCUCAUGCAUUAAAAACGGCUAUAGAACGUACAUUUUCUCAUAGUAGUGAAAUUUCUGUAGAUAGCAGUGUUGAAAGCAUGAAACCAGAAACUGUUGAAGACGACUUUUUGAAGCGCAUAGAAACUAAUACGCUGCCUAAUGAAAAUGAUAAAAAGCGCAAAAAACGCGAUCUCAAUAUACCCUGUCGCAAUGAAAAAGAAGUUAGUGAGAUCGAAAACUGCGAUGGUAAUGUUAACGAGAGGGAGGACAGAGAUGAAUGUGAUGGAACAUCCUCUAGUACCAGCUCCAUAUCGAUGUCAAAAUCAAAUUCAAAACCGUCUAAGAAAACGCAAAAACCGUCGAAACGCAAGCUACGUAGUUGUGAUAAUGACAGUUAUGUCAACUAUAGUGAUGAUAAUGGAGUCACGAAGCAGCCUUUAAAUAUUGCUGAGUCUAAUCGCCGGGUUCGAAAAGUGAUUGGCUGUCAAAGAUUGAAUGAAAAUGAAGCUGAGAGUGAGGCAUGCUCAUCUCCGACACCAGAGAGCGUAGAACUCUUGGAGCAUGAAAGCAACCAGGAAUCAGCCUCACAGUUGUUUAAAAAUUUGGCGAAAAUCAAUAAGAAAGCAAAAAAACGCACACUUCAGGAAACUGAUGAUAAUGAGGGAGUAAAUGUAGUAAACACAAGGCCCUCGAAAAAACGGCGUGGACGCUAGUCGAUAAUAUACAACUACGUACAUAUAUAUUUUUUCAUGUAAUUGAUUCCAAUGGACAGUUGCUCAAAUUUUGAGCUUUUACUAAACUUAUUGAUUGCGUUUCGAUAUUUGGUAAAUAAAAAUGAUUUCCCAAUAUUUAUUUUUUC